AUGGCCCGCAUUGUGCGCAUCGAGGUGGAGGAGCCAUUCACUCCUCGAAACCUGGUGGACCUCAACGACGAUAUUAAUAGUUUCAGCUUUAUGCCAACGCCUUCGAGCAGUUCUUCUCCCCCAAUAUUUCACGCUGUGGAAUGGCCAGUUGCUAUCCUUGAAUUCCCCCCACAAAAGCUUUGGCCAUUCGUACGAACCUUCACAAUUUUAGGCUACAGUGUCCCUCGAUUUACACCGACAUUGCACAAAGACAUUGCGGCACAAAUACGCGAGGCUUUUGCUGGAAUGAAACGUCUAACUACCGUUAUUAUCGACGACGUGAUAGGUGGCUUAUGGCCGGAGCUAUUGGACGCGUUUUCGGUUUUGUCGACUCCUUGCGAUCUAGAGCUUGGGUCUCAUUGGGACCCAGCCCGAGAAGACGAAGAGUAUCUCGUGUUGCAACCAAGAAGAACAUCCCUUCCUCUCGCCAGCUUCCGCUUCAUCUUCCCCCUUGUCUAUGCCAGUGCGCACGCGGGUGGAGGGGUGGGUAGGCGACUAUCUUUGGGUCUAAAGCAUGAAAUGUACAACAUCCGCACCAUACUCGCUGCAGCUGCUGAAACACUAUCUUACGUCUACCUCCCCGGCGAAAUCUUUCCCACAAUGUACGGCUUCACCUGGAGCGCUCUUACUGAGCUGUAUCUCGAUGGCUUGUGGCCUGUCGAGAGGAUCGCGGACCGAGUAGUUGAAGCCUCGAGUACUCCUCCUCGACAAUCAUCCCCUCAACUCAUGCUAGGGCAGUCACCGGAGCCAGUCGAGACACAUACCUCUAAGGACGGGUCAGAAUCAGCUACGCUGGCCGAAGUUGCACCACCUGUGUCAACAUUGGUAUCCCCCACAAUUGUCGAUGAAAUUAUUCCGAAGGACGAAGCGUCCGUUCUAGCAUCGAGGGACAAUAACGUCGCAGAGACGGAGGUGUUUUCUGAGUCAUUGCCAGAUGAUUUGACCUCCGCGUCUGAUAAAGGGAACGAGCUGUCCGUUGCAACAGCAUCUAACCCCACAGUCGAUGAAGAUAUUCCAACCCCACUACUUCCGACAACACCACAACCUCUGGAAUCAUCUCUCGUCCGCGAUGACUCCUUCACCUUAUCGCCUCUAUCUUCCUCCGAUCUCUUGUCGAUUUUAGAAGCGAUGCCAAAUCUUCGUUUGCUGAAAAUGCGCUUAUUCCAUCAGAAAAUGGACCCUCAACCUGUGGGUGGGGUCAUCUGCGCGUCAGAUAUCGCACCGAAGUCUCCAGCCACUUUUCUUCGACAUCUCACUCAAUUCGAUGUCACUUCACUGUCCCAGAAUGACCGCACAUUCGAAUUUCUUCCAGCGUCAUUAGAGCUUCUCUCGCUUCCACGGUAUCCUUAUACCUUGUCUCUGGGAACGUCUCGAGCCAUACACACUCCUGCGACUGUCUUAUCACUGCUUAAACGUGCAGUAUUUCCCUGUCUCACGACUCUCAAGAUAUGGUACCACAUUGAGUCAUUAAGCCACAUCGAGGACGAGAAAGGCUUGUUAGACUUGCUUCCUGAUGCAUUUCCGAUGUUGCAGACGCUCGAAGUCUGUCGACGAUGGCAAAGCAGGGUUACUGAGCUCCAAGGACGAUGGGAUCCAGCUCCUGUGGCGAAAAGACUGAUUUCGCGUCUCAAGGACCUUCAAAUAUUUUAUUUCGACUCUACACCCCCAGAGCGUCAUGGUGAAGGACCAUACACAUUCAUCGACGAAGAGAUUCGGGGGUAUUUGGGCCGUCUGCGUGAUAUGGCAGAAGAUAUUGCCAGCGCGGCGCCGUGGCUCCGGCAAAUUGCGAUGUACACUGAGCGGGGCACCAAUCCGGACUUGUACUGGAAAUUCUGGAAUGUCUUGCGUGAUCAAUACCGCACCCACACCAACUUGGAGAGUACUGUCAGCAUGCGUGCCGUUGUCCGAGAGACUGAGCAGGAUCCCAUCUCCCAAAUUGGCUUCGAUAAACUCAACCACGAUGUUCUGCUCAUGAUAUUUGAGCAGAUGUCUUACGACGAAUGCCUGCAACUUGCUACAUUAUCUCGACGCCUUCGCGCCGUUCUCCUUCCAGUUAUAUAUCGGAGGCUGCGAUGGGCUCCAGGUAUCGUUGGCUUUCCACCGCAAAGAAUUUUGCCAUUUACCCAAGUGUUCACACUCACUGGACACAACGUUCGUCGUUUCACACCCACACAGCAUGCGACCAUCGCAUCUCAAUUCAGAGAGGCAUUCGUCACUAUGAAAGCUCUCCGUACCUUCAUUCUAGCUGGGAAUGUCCCGGAUGGCUUGUGGUCAGAGUUGCUCGAUGCGUUUGCUGUGUUGUCCAACCCAAUCGACCUUGUAGUCCACGCUCACUGGCAGCCGGACGACGAGGAGGAGGAACCAAUAAAAUUGGAACCCAGAACAACAACACUGCCUCUACGCCGCUUCUCCUUCACUGUCCCCUUCAUGUAUGACGUGUCGGACCGCGAAAUAGGUCGUAGGCUGUCUGAUACCAUCGAAUUCGAAACAGAGAACAUUCGCGUGAUUUUGGCGGCCUCGGUACCAACCAUGGCCCUGGUAGAGAUUCCCGGAGAGCUUAUAUCGGCUUUGGAUGGCCCAAUCUGGACAUCAUUGACAGAAUUAUAUCUCACUGGUCUUUGGCCGACCUUCGAUGCUGUUGGAGGAAAUUCCCCGGAUGUCGGACCCGUUGAUGCAUCUCUCGAACACACUUUGUCAACACCUUCGGACGUUGUAGCUUUAAUCAGCCCCGUCAAGCCCUCUGACACAGCCCAGGAUCCUCUAGACUUGAAGGAGGGUUCGCUGCCUCCACUUGUGAAAUCAAAGGCAGAGAAUGAACCAAAUCCAGCUGAGGUAACCGAAGACACCACGAGCAUAUCUUCCGAAGCCCUCCCACCGUUAAAAAUCGUGGAAUCUUCCUCGACUCCAUCACCUACAACAACAACAAACCCGCUUGAGAACGCUUCCAACCAACAGCCUUUCCCCUCAUCGACCAAAGCCUCUCCGAUUCUAAAGCCGAUGGCCCAGAAUCUGAGUCACCAAUCUGCAAACCUGAAAGCGACCUGCCUCCCGAAUGAUGACCGGAUCAUUGAUUUUCUACCAUCGACCCUCGAAGUACUUUCGUUGCGGAGAUACCCGUUCUGGCUGGAGGACGGGAUGCGCCGGGUCCUGCCCACACCGCUGACGAUUCACAGUCUACUGAAACGGGCUGAAUUUUCCGCCCUAACUACACUACGAUUCUGGUACCUGAUUAGAACGAAAGAGGAGCUGGAAUAUGAGAAAACACUGUUGGACCUUCUCCCACAACUAUUUCCCCUCGUCCAAGACCUAGAGUUUUGCCGGAGGUGGAACCACCGUGCGGCUCUGCUGGAAGGGUGUCAAUGGGACCCAAUGCCCAUUGUCUGCGACUUCUUCCCUCGCUUCAAACAUCUCCAGUCGAUUCUAUUUGAUCCUGAUCUGCCAGAACGCGAUGGCUGGCCGCCACAGUCAUAUCCGUCAAGUGAGUUUCGUGAAAUGGUGGGCCGACUCCAUGGCAUGGCGGGCGAGAUCGUCAAUGCUGCGCCAUGGGUCAAGAGAAUUGGGAUGUAUCGGGCAUAUGGCAACGACGAGAGGCUGUAUUGGGAAAUAUGGGGUGUUGUUCCCGCUCCAGAGGGCAAAGUCGCCUUGGAUCGGCCACCACCACCAAUCAUUAAUUCGAUAUUUUACCCGUAG